UCUCUAUCUCGGUUUGCGCAUCAUAUACGCCAACUGAGAUCUCAAUUGACGCCGGAGCGAAGUCGGCGCUCGUUUGGAUUCCUUAUCGUGACUCACUCCCGAGAUCGCGCUCAAUCUAUAACUAACACCAGAGUCUCGUCUACAACUCAGCACCCGAUUCUCCCGCUUUUGUCUAUAUCUAUCCCACGUCAUUUAAACCAUGGGCUCCAUUGGCAACACUCUAGCUGAGCUCGACGCCUCGGUCGUCAAGAUCACUCGUUCGACCGAACUACGCCAUGUCCCCCUCCCAGGCUCGCUUGAGGAGCUAAGUCACUCCUACUGCACCGACCACAUGGUUACCGCGCGCUGGACUGCUGCUGGCGGAUGGGAGACACCCGAGGUGAAACCAUUCCAGAAUCUCAGCAUCCCUCCGACGGCGUCAUGCCUGCACUACGCUACGGAAUGUUUUGAGGGCAUGAAGGUGUAUCGCGGCUUCGAUGGGAAACUGCGCCUUUUUAGACCAGACCUCAACGGUGAGCGUCUAUCGAACAGCGCUGUCAGGGCGUCCCUGCCGAGUUUCCGGUUCCAGGAGCUCAAGACCCUCAUCGCCAAACUGAUGCAGAUUGACGGUUUACGCUGGCUUCCUAAGGACCAGCCUGGUCGUUUCCUCUACCUUCGUCCAACCCUCAUCGGAUCCGGCACGCAGCUUGGCGUUCAAGCACCCGCCGAAGCCCUCCUUUUCAUCAUCGCCGUCCCCUGGCCCGAUCCAGCCACCCGGCUCAAGGCAACCCCCGGCGAAGCCCUUGGCCUAAAACUCCUCACCUCCGCACCCGACACCAUCCGCGCCUGGCCUGGCGGUUUCGGAUACGCCAAGCUCGGCGCCAACUACGGCCCCUCGCUCGCAGCGCACGGCAAGGCGCAGGCGCAGGGCUUCGACCAGGUUCUUUGGCUCUUCGGUGAAGACCGUCAAGUGACUGAGGCCGGUGCAAGCAACUUUUUCAUUGUCUGGGAGAAUGCGCAGACGGGGAAGCGGGAGCUUGUGACUGCUCCGUUAGAGAAUCAGCUUAUCCUCCCAGGCGUAACGAGACGUAGUGUUCUGGAGCUUGCACGGUCAAGGCUCAACCAGGCUGUGGGCGACCUCGAGGCUGUCGAAGUUGUUGAGAAGACAUUUACAAUCUGGGAUGUUGAGGCGGCGUGGAAGGAGGGCAGGGUUGUCGAGGCUUUUGUUUGUGGGACUGCAUUCUUCAUCACCCCUGUCAAGCUCAUCCGUAACGGUGCUGUCGAUAUCCAGCUCCUCAAGCCGGGCCAGACUGCGGGAUACGCUGCUCAGAUCAAGUCGUGGCUUGAGGCGGUUAUGUACGGCAAGGAUGGCGCUGAGAACCACGAGUGGUCGUACAUUAUUGAGAAUGAGAGCGAAAAGUAAAGGAUUUUAUGCACAGCGGUAGACCGACGAUCUGUUCAUAGACGCAAAAAAGACUAGAACUAUAUAAAUGCACGAAUUACGAGCUCGCC